AAGUACUAAAUCUAACACUUUCAAGUGAAUACUUAAACAAAACAAGAACAAGCAUUUGUUUUUAUUAGGAUAAAAAACAACGUUUUGAAGAAAAUUGUAAAUUUUUUCUUAAACUUAAGAAAAAAAAUGAGUUCUCAAACAGUGCGUACGCCUGUUUCACAAAUUAUACACAGUAAAGAUGAGUUGGAAGAGGAGGAACCAAAGAAAAAGUCCCGUGAAGAUUGGCGUAAAGCCAAAGAGCUAGAGGAAGCCCGUAAAGCUGGUACUGCGCCGGCUGCUGUGGAUGAAGAGGGACGAGAUAUAAAUCCUCAUAUACCACAAUAUAUAUCAAAUGCUCCUUGGUAUUAUGGAGCUCAGGGACCUACACUAAAACAUCAAAGGCCCCAGCGUGAUGAAGAUAAAGGUGAAUUGGAGCGUAUGGCUCCUAAGGGGGUGGAUACUACACGCCUGGUGACAAAAUUUCGCAAGGGAGCCUGUGAAAAUUGUGGAGCCAUGACCCACAAGCGUAAGGAUUGUUUAGAAAGACCACGCAAGGUUAUAGCAAAAUUUGCCGAGUCUAUUGUAGUGCAUGACGAGCAUAUAGUGCAGGAUAAGUCCGUGAAUUAUGAUGAGAAAAGAGAUCGUUGGAGUUCUUAUGAUCCCGCAAAUCAUCGGGAAAUUAUAGAGGAAUUUGAAAAAGUGGAAGAAGCCAAAAGACAGUUAAAGGCAGAAAAAUUAAAGAAUAAUCCUGAUGCUGAAAUUUCCGAUGAUGACAACAACGAGGAUAAAUAUGUGGACGAAGUUGAUAUGCCGGGUACUAAAGUAGAUUCGAAACAACGUAUUACCGUGCGUAAUUUGCGUAUAAGAGAAGAUACCGCCAAAUAUCUAAGAAAUUUAGAUCCCAAUUCGGCCUACUAUGAUCCCAAAACAAGAUCUAUGCGUGACAAUCCCAAUCCUCAUACACCAGCGGAGGAAGCGGAAUUUGCCGGAGAAAAUUUUGUACGCUUUAGUGGUGAUACCACAAAACAUUCGCAAGCCCAAUUGUUUGCCUGGGAGGCUCAUGGCAAAGGUGUUGAUGUGCAUUUGUUAGCCGAACCUACGAAAUUGGAAUUAUUGCAAAAGGAAUAUGAUAAAAAGAAAGAUCAAUUUAAAUCAAGUACUAAAGAACACAUUGUGGAGAAAUAUGGUGGUGUGGAACAUUUAGAAGCUCCUCCAAAAUCCCUGUUGCUGGCUCAAACUGAGGAAUAUAUAGAAUACUCUCGCAGCGGCAAAGUUAUUAAGGGUAUGGAAAAACCUAAGGCUCGUAGUAUUUACGAGGAAGAUGUCUAUAUAAAUAAUCAUACCACUGUAUGGGGCAGUUAUUGGAAUGGUGGACGUUGGGGUUAUAAAUGCUGUAAAUCUUUUAUAAAAAAUUCUUAUUGUGUGGGCAUGAAAGAUCCCGAAAGCAUAGGAGAAUUUAAAAUGCCCAAUCCAGUACCGAGCUCUGCAACAGUUAACAAGGAAAAAGAGGAAGACAGCACCACAGUUUCAUCCACAUCCAAAGUAAAUUCUGAAGAAGACAAUAGCAAGUCGAAAAUCACAGAUGAACACAAAGAAUCAUCUUCAUCCAGUUCUUCUUCCUCCUCAUCAUCCUCGGAAGAUGAAGAAGAACUACAAAAGGCGGCUUUGGAAAACAAAAAACUCAAGAAGAAAAUGAAAAAACGCGAAAAGAAAAGAGCCAAGAAACUAAAGAAGAAAGAGAAAAAAUUGGCCAAAGAAAAGAAACGUUUAGAGGAGAAAUCUAAAGGUAAAUCAGACAAAGAUAAGAAGGCAGUAUCUGAUAUGCAGGAUGAUAGAAAACGGCCCUACAAUAGUAUGUACGAUGUUAAGGCGCCCACAGAAGAAGAAAUUGAAGAAUGGCAGCGUAAACGUACUAGAGAAGAGGAUCCCAUGUUACAAUUUAUGGACAAAUAAUUGCAAUGCUAUGAAAUGUAUAAUAAAAGUUUAAUAAUUAAAGUAA